AGGAAGGCAGCUGAGGACACCAGGAUGUUAGAGGUAGUGGGAGGAAGGCAGCUGAGGACCACCAGGAUGAUAGAGGUAGUGGGAGGAAGGCAGCUGAGGACACCAGGAUGUUAGAGGUAGUGGGGGAAAGGCAGCUGAGGACCACCAGGAUGUUAGAGGUAGUGGGAGGAAGGCAGCUGAGAACCACCAGGAUGUUAGAGGUAGUGAGGGGAAGGCAGUGAGGACCACAAAGGGUUAUUCCCCCUGAUAUGAACCACGGCUCUCCCACCAAGUUAGGCACAAAUGGGAUUCAAUCUGUUGAAACCAGAAGCUUGAAGAAGCAUGGCUCUUUUGAUAAAACCUCAAAGGAACAAGGCUCCUUCGGACAAAGCAUGAAGAAAACGACUUCGUUUGAACAAAGCAUGAAGAAAACGACUUCGUUUGAACACACCACAAAGAAGUCGGCCUCAUUUGAUAGAAGCUUGAAGAAAGAACCUUUCUUAGAUAGAACGUUGAUGAAAGAGGCGUCCUUCGACAGAACGUUGAGGAAGCAGGGCUCGUUUGAACGCAGCUCCAGUCCUUCUAGCCUGGAUGGGAGGAAGCCUUGGGGUAGCCCCAGCAGGAGCCCCAGCCGACCCGCCACCCCUCCCUGGUCCCCCAGGAGACCAGCCCCCUGCUCCCCCGCCAAGACCAGCUCCAGACCUCCCUCCUCCACAUCUCCAGCCAAGGCCAGCAACCGAGCCUCCAGCCAGGACCGCAGCAACUCCCCACAGAGGGGUACCACCAGUGGCCUCAAAGCACCUAGUAAGGUAUGUGUWAUCAGCAGCAUCCCCAAACCCAUCUCUCCUCAGCCACCUGCGGACCCUAGGAUGGACUCUCCUCACAAACCCAAACCCGCCCGUCUCAAGAUCAUCACGUACGUCCGUAAGACCCCUCAGGUGAAGUCCCAGGGGACAGAGGUUGACCCAAAUGAAGCCUUGACACUCCCUCUCCGCCUGUCCUCUUCCCACCCCAGCCCUCCUACAGCCCACAGAAAGCCCCACAAGGCAGGGCCCCAUUCUAAGGCCUCACAGGUGCUCUGCUCCUCUAAUAUACUCUUUGAUAAGUACCGUCAGGAGAUGCAGAAGGCAGGAUACUUUCCCCCGGGUACCGGCAUGACGUCGCUGGGCAUCAAACCUCCCAGCCACCCUCCUCCUCACAACCUCUCUUUGAACUCUGAGAGCUUUCAUGGGGAACUACCUGACAGAUACAUGCAUGAGUUGGCUCCAGCACCUUCACAGCUGGCUCCCCAGGAGGGGACAGGCCUCUACCGUUCCCCCAGGCCCAGAGGGCCCCAGCUGGGGCUAGGGGCCGUCACCCGGCAGCCUGCUGCAGCCAAGAACAGGACUAUGUUCCAGACCGGUCAGAGGUCAGGGGUCGUGACCCUCAGCCAUCCAGGACAGCAGCCGGCACCGCCAGGGAACAACCAGGGAAACCACGACUCCACGGCAGACCAGAGGACGCCAGGUCCAGAGACCUCCGUGGCCAGGACCCUGCUGCCUAAACCGGGUCAGUCUCGUCUGCGACCCCCAGGCUUCUCGGCCUUGCCACCUGCCCGUCUGGCCGCCUUCGGCUUUGUACGCAGCUCCAGUGUCUCCUCGGUUUCCAGCAACCAAACGACAGUGAGCAACCACAGCGAACCCUGCCGACCCUCCCAACCAGACCAGAGGACGCCAGGUCCAGAGACCUCCGUGGCCAGGACCCUGCUGCCUAAACCGGGUCAGUCUCGUCUGCGACCCCCAGGCUUUCUCGGCCUUGCCACCUGCCCGUCUGGCCGCCUUCGGCUUUGUACGCAGCUCCAGUGUCUCCUCGGUUUCCAGCAACCAACGACAGUGAGCAACCACAGCGACCCUGCCGACCCUCCAACGUGA